AUGGGCUCGGACUUCGGGUCCACCUCCGACGACUCUCUGGGCGCCAUCCACUCCGCGACCUCCUUCGCCGUGCACGACGCGGCGGAGGCGGGGAACGUCGAGAGGCUGAGAGAGCUUCUAGCGGCGCCCGCGGCGAGGGAGGACCCGGAUUUCGACCCCCAGAAAGAUGAGAAGAAGUCUGAUGCUUCUCUGGGACUAGAUGAGGCUGCUCCAGAUGGCUGCACUCCCUUGCAUGUCAGCAUAAUCAAUGGUCAUCUUGCGUGCUGUGAGCUCCUGUUGGAAGCUGGUGCUGACCCAGGACUUCCAUGUGAAGGCUGCCCGCUGCUGUCACUGGCCGUUUGCCAAGGGGCAUUGCCAGAGAAGCGCCAAUUUGCAAAAGAUGCAGUGGCAUUCCUGCUGGGCAAGCAGUGCUCACCCUUUGACAGGGACGAUUCUGGCCGGACGGCCCUCCACUGGGCUGCCUCCCUUGGCUUGUGUGACAUUGCAGACAUGCUGCUGCGUGCACCGCCAGAAGCCAUGGAGCUGCAGCUGCCACCUCAGGCGGAUGGCACAACAGGCGAUGACCUUGGAGUCGUCAGGCCUGACCCGCUGGUUGAGCUGCAGGACCGCUGGGGUGACACCCCCUUGCACCUGGCGGCCAUGCACCGUUGCCCCCAGAUGGUCAAGCUGCUUGUUGGAGGUGGCGAGGGGUGGUCUGCUGAAGGCGCGCUGCACACUGGCAACAAGAUGAUGGGCUCCUUGCCCAUCCAUUGUGCUGCCAGCUCCGGGUGCUGUCACUGUGCAGAGGCUCUGGCAACUGCUGCCGAAAGCACCCUUUCUGCGCAAGACCGGAGGGGCCGUAUUCCACAUGAAGUCGCAGCAGCGAGAGGCCACAAGGAAUUGUCUCUGCUGCUCCAAAAGAGAUUCAAGCAGGGUUUGGAGGUACCAGCCUUGCCCGUCCCUCUGCCUACCCUGUUGCUUACCCAUCCUGACUUCUUUGAACACCACACCAUGCAUCUUCCUCUCAGCAUCCGAAAUUCUCACGCUCCUCCAGAAAAUGUUGGACGGCUACAUGUGUUACUUCGCAAAGACUCUGGCAUCCUGUGGUCAUCCGAGUUUGAGGGCCUCCAAUGGGAUAUGGAGCCUCCCCUGGCAGAGAUGGCCGACGUCCUGCGUGUCCAUGACUGGACAUACGUGAACCAGAUCAAGCUGUUCUGCCAGUCGCUGCCACAGUCGCCCGUGACAGUGGGCAGGCUGGACAGUGACACUGCGCUGUCCCAUGGGUCCUUCCGAGCGGCCCUAAGAGCAGCAGGUGCUGCUUGCAAAGCAGUGGAUGCGUUGGUUACCGGCAAGGCUCGAAAUGCGUUCUGUGCCGUUCGGCCUCCAGGGCACCAUGCUGGGCCUCUGGGAAAAGUUACCUGCAAGAACGACCCCACAGGAAGCAGCGGCUUCUGUCUAUUGAACACUAUCGCCAUCGCUGCGGCCUAUGCCCUAAACAUUCAUCGGCACAAUGGAAUCAAGAAAGUGGCCAUCUUGGACUUUGAUGUCCACCAUGGUAAUGGGACGGAGGCCUUGAUUGAAGCAACAGUUCCACACCAGCUCAAGGUACCGCUUAAGACACCCUUCAGUGAAGGCAUCCAGCUCUUCCCCCAAUGGCGGCCCUGGUUGGGGGAAGCAGAUAGUGAGAGCAUCUUCUUCGCAAGCACGCAGGCCUAUGGCUCAAGGAUCCCAGGCAUCGAGGGUGCUUGGUUCUACCCAGGCUCGGGGGCGACAUGCGACACUCAACAGUUGCGCAAUGGACAGGGUCCGACCGACCAGCCACAGGCGAACAGCACACCUGCACAAGGGGUUGAUGGGAAGGCGAUGGACGAGGCCAAGACUGGUGCGGCCCAGCAGCCAGGAAGCGUAGGGAACAAUGCCGAUGACCACAUGGGACAUCCUGGUGGUGUUGCCAAUGGCGACGAGGAAGGGCCAUUUUCCUGCGGGGUUGAAGAAGAUCCCGAUGGGGAGUUUUCAUACUGCGGUGGCGAGGUGCCCAGGCUGGGUGGACCGCGGAUUGUGAAUGUUGGGAUCCCAGGGCCUGGGGUGCAGGCCAUGUUGUGGAAGCGGGCAUGGAGGGACAAGAUUCUUCCUGCUGUGGUGAAUUUCGACCCGGACUUGAUCUUUGUCUCUGCUGGAUUCGAUGCCCACCGUAAAGAUGACAUCAACGACAACUUCGUUGGGUUGUUGGAUAGGCACUAUGAGUGGGUGACUGACCAGAUCGUCCAAGUUGCCAACAGGUGUUGUGGAGGUCGUGUUGUCAGCGCUCUUGAGGGUGGGUACCGCAUUCAGGGUGGCAUUGUUUCUGCCUUUGCUCGGAGUGUGGCCGCCCACGUUCGGGCUCUGAUGGACACACACACACAAGCUUGGGACCCCUCAGAGGGAAAGUGGGAACGCACAGUGGAACACGCAAGGCGAGAGAGGCGGAAAUGCAGGCAAGAGGGGAUGCAGGAUCCUGCCAAGGACGGCAGCGCGGAACCACCCGUUGCUAACAAUCAAGGUGAAGGUCCUGGAGCCACGGCACAACCAGAGAUACCAGAAGGCGCCAGCGAUGGGGCGACGCAGACCAGACCUGAGAGGAAGCGAAGGAGAGUUGAAGUGGACUACACCGCGCUUCAGGAGCAGAUGGAGCGAGAAGCAUCGCAGAAAUCCUGA